UUGGAGAGUUUCUCAGAGGAAGAGUAAUGUCAACAAAUGCAUUGAUAAUUGUUUUAUGAAAGAAAAAAAUGUAGAAAUUAGUCUAACGAAGUAUUCGGACGACAUCUCAGUCAGCGUAAGACGGUUUGACACGACGUGGCGAGAAGGCCUCCUGCCUCCAAGGGAGACGUUGAAGGGUGUGUGUCUGUGUGUCUGUGUGUGUGUGUGUGUGUGUGUGUGCGUGUGUGUUGUCAUUGUUUCCGGUACAACAUGUCGAUGUUCAGCACAGGGAUCUUGAUUCUCACCUCCCCUGUCAACACACUGCCACUCCGCAUCGCACCUGUCCUCAGCUCCGCUGCUCAGGUGGUGGAGAGGACGCUGUAUGUGCACCUCCACCCUGGUUUAAACCUGGGCACAGCCAACCAGGCGCGUCCCGUCUACAUCCCCCCCGUGGUGGACCUCUCCAGCCUCAUAUCUCGUCUCUAUAGCAACGCCGCCGACAUUUGUGGGCACCUGGAUGUCCGGGUACUGCUGACCAACGUUCGCGCCCAGGCGAGCGUGCCCGGCUCAGGGUCGGGUGGGGCAGCGAAUCCCUUCCCUUCUCCGCAGGCCCUCUCACACUCGCCUGAAGUGGUCCUGACAGACUUCCCCCUCCAGGACCCAGGCCAGUCGACUCUCGUAGCCCAAUGUCUGCAGCGUUAUGCGGGCCACUGCUACGUCUGCACCCCGGGUCUUUCCUCAGUGCUGCUAAACCCCCAGCUGGAGGAGGUGAAGAGUGCAGACCUAGAGAAAGAGGGAGCUGAAACUAUCUCUGAACCCAUGGAGACAUACAGUGACGUGGUGGUGGGCGGGACCUUUGACCGUCUCCACGGUGCCCAUAAGACCCUGUUGAAUGUGUCCUGCCUGUUGGCCAAUAAACGCUUUCUCAUCGGGGUGUGUGAUCAGGAGCUGCUUAAGAAUAAGGUGUUGAAGGAGCUUAUUGAGCCUUUUGGGGAGCGUGUGCGGAGACUGCAGGAGUUUCUGAACGAUGUGAAGCCCUCCCUGCGGUUUGAGAUCGUCCCUCUCUCUGACCCCUACGGCCCCUCCGUCACUGACCCGCAGCUGCAGUGUAUCGUAGUCAGUGAGGAGACGAGGAAGGGAGGAGAGGCCGUGAACAGGAAACGCCUGGAAAACGGUUUGCCAGAGUUGGUGUUGUAUGAGAUUCAGCUGAUUAAAGACGCCCAUCACACGGACAUAGAGGAGGAAAAGAUCAGCUCUUCCAGUCUGCGCUCACGACUCCUGGGCACGCUGCUCAAACCUCCAAUGCCACACCCGGGUCUGCCCGCUGUCCCGUACGUGAUUGGUCUGACUGGAGGCAGUGGGAGUGGGAAGAGCUCCAUCGCCCGCCGGCUGGAAGCUCUGGGUGCCGCCCGCAUCGACAGCGACCAGCUGGGUCAUGAGACGUACCGGCCCGGGGCAGCGGCUUACGCCAGAGUGCUGGAGGAGUUCGGCCAAGACAUUCUGAACGAGGAUAAAACCAUAAACAGACGAGCCCUUGGAAGGAAGGUGUUUGGUAAUAAGGAGAGAUUAAAAGCCUUGACUGAUAUAGUUUGGCCUGAGAUUGCCUUGUUAGUGAAGGAGAGAAUACAGCAGGCGAAAGAGGAAGGUAAGCGUGUGUGUGUGGUGGAUGCGGCAGUGCUGUUGGAGGCAGGGUGGACAGACAUGGUGCAUGAGGUUUGGGUUGCCAUUAUUCCAGAAGAGGAGGCAGUGAGGCGCAUCGUGGAGCGGGACGGAGUGAGUGGUGAGGAUGCAGUGCGACGGCUGAAGAGUCAGUGGUCCAACGAGAGACAGAUAGAACACGCCAACGUCGUCCUGUGCACACUGUGGGAGCCCGAGGUCACUCAGAAACAGGUACUGAAGGCUUGGAACCUUUUACAGAAGCGAAUUGAACAGAGAGAGAAAGAAGGCAGUCCGGCAUCCUGAGUCGCGGUUUCACAUAGACACACACAUGGUGACCACAACAUGUGUUUUAAUGCUGAUUGAGAGAAAUCUGACUGGAAAGCAUUUUUAUAGUCUCCUGUUUACUGUUAGCCAAAUAUUGGAGCACAUGACUGAAGCAGUCUGUGAACUAGUUGAAUGUCGGUGUUUGUCUCCGUCAGCUUUGGAGUCGAGACAGGAGAGCACAAAUCUAUCUAACCAUAGCUAGCCACACCCACACAUACUCAACCAUAGCCACAACCACUCAACCACAUUCAGCCAUGCCCACAUUCGCUUAGCCACACCCACACAUGCUCAGCCAUGCCCAUUCUCAUUCCACUACACCCAAACACAUUCAACAUAGUUACAUAAACUGUUUUUUUGGUUUUUUGCCUUGCCUUCUGUUGGUCUGAUUUGGAUUUGUCUGUUAUUGAACAUGUUUGUUUCUUUUUGUGGCCACACUGUGACUGAAUGGUAUGUUCUCUGGUUUGCUCUGGGCUGUAACCCAUGCAUACUCUCCUCAAUGUGAGGAGAAAAAAAAAUAACAGGUCACCCCGUCUCUGCUGGGAGACAGGUGAGCACUUGUACAACACUAUUAAAGCCUUUGGAGGCGGAACUUAGUCGCUCUGCUGUAGUCAUGGCAACGGUGGAGCCAUCUCGGUCAAGCCAACAGGAGAAGCCUUACAGAAAUACUAUGGACUUGCCCUCAUAACAAACCAGGUCCUGUUCAGGCCUGGG